CAAAUCUCACGUUUCGGACAUUCACUGCCCCUUUAUAGCGACCUCUCACCUUUACCACUUAAGAACAAAAUGCAGAUAGCGCUAUAUGACUAAGGACCGUUGACUAGACGUGCUUUAUUACUUCAAGUCCGUCUAGCAGAAAAUAUUAAACUCGAAAUGAGUUAGGCUAUAAAUCUAGCUCGCAGUUCUGUCGAUUUGGCGUUUCGCUAAAGGGGUUAUGCUGAAUGCUUGUCUGCAGGUGGCGCUUCGCUAUUUUGAAACAGACAGGCUGCUUAAAGCGUCGAUGGACACACUGAGUAUCUCGUUAUUUGUAGAAUAUAUGCAUCGAGAAACUUUACGAGCAGAGAACCGCAAGAUCACACACCGUUGCCUGGGUGGAGUCUGUGCGUUCAGUAAAGAUACCUUGAUUGUAAAGACAUGGCUGUGUGAGAAAUAGGGUCUUUCCAGAUUUCAAAAUCUUUUUUUUUUUUUGAUUUUGGUAGGGGGAUAGCUAUCCCCGUCAGCCACUAGCUACGACUUAGCAGCGUGCUGUCCCGAGUGUCCCGACCCAUGAACGUAUAAAGUGAAGGCGCCACGCAUUUCGCUGUUGACAACUUUGCGAUAAGGGGGGCGGACAACAUGGCCGACAGCCUCUUCGCCAUCCUCAUCUUCAUCCCCUGCCUGUUGCUAGGCGCCGGAGCCUCGCCGGAAGGAGGCGCGGAGACGCCGUCCGAAGCCCCCCCGCAGGGCCCCCACUUCACCGGCUGCUUGUCUCGGGAGCAGGAGACGUUCCGUUGCUGGUGGAGUGCCGGAAGCUUCCGGAACCUGACAGAACCCGGGGCCCUGAGGGUCUUCUUCGCCACUAGCUCCCUGCCCAGCGACUGGAAGGAGUGUCCGGACUACUCGGUCACCGUGCCGAACGAGUGCUAUUUCAACAAGAGCUACACGUCCGUCUGGACCCAAUACUGCGUCCAGCUGCGCGGCCGGGCCCAGAACGUCAUCUACAACCAGCUCUGCUUCCAGGUGCAGGACAUAGUGCACCCUGACCCCCCGAUCAGGCUCAACUGGACGCUCCUGAGCGUGAGCCGGUCGGGGCUGUACUUCGACAUCAUGGCGCACUGGGAGCCGCCCCCCUCCGCGGACGUGAAGAGCGGGUGGAUGACGCUGGUGUACGAGGUGCACUACCGGGAGAGGAACGCCUCGCAGUGGCGCACGCUGGACCAGGAGAAGGGGACCCAGCAGUCCAUCUACGGUCUUCUCACGGGCACCGAGUACGAGGUUCGAGUGCGCAGCAAGAUGCGCUCCUUCGAGAACUUCGGCGAAUUCAGCGAGACCAUCCCGGUGUACAUCCAACCCAUACCCACCAAAGAAUCCCAGUUUCCUCUCACGCGGGUCCUGAUCUUCGCCGCUGUGGGAGUGGGGAUCCUCCUUGUGCUCGUCAUCUUCUCCCAGCAGCAGAAACUGAUGGUGAUCCUGCUGCCCCCUAUCCCGGCCCCCAAGAUCAAAGGGAUCGACCCAGAGCUUCUGAAGAAAGGAAAGCUGGAGGAGCUGAGCUCCAUACUGAGCAGCCAUCACAUGUACCAGCCAGAGCCGUACCAGGAGGACGACUGGGUGGAGUUCAUCGAGGUGGACGCGGGCGAUCCGUGCGAGAAGGCGGGGGCGGAUUCGGACACGCAGCGCCUGCUGGGCUCCGCCCCCGGACACCUGGGCUCCCCCCCCGGAUUCCUGGGCUUCAAGGACGACGACUCGGGGCGCGCAAGCUGCUAUGACCCCGAGAUCCCGGACCCCGAAGUCCCCGAGCUGCCCGGUCCGGACCCCCUGGCCCUGCCCAAGCAGGGCCCGGGCCACGCCCACCUGACCCCGCCCAGUUCCGCCAGCCCCUCCCCCACCACCGUGGACCGCGCCCACCCGCUCAUCCAGACCCAGCUGGGCACCCAGACCUGGGUCAACAUGGACUUCUACGCCCAGGUGAGCGACGUCACGCCCUCGGGAGGGGUGGUGCUCUCGCCCGGCCAGCAGGGCGGCGCCCCUGAGAGGGCAGAGGAAGAGAAGAAGAAGAAGAAAGAGAAAAAAGGGGAAGAGGAGAAAGGGGGAGAAGAGAGAGAGAAGGAAGAAGAGAGGGAGAAAUCGAAGAAGAAGAAGAAGGAGAAUGAGGAGAAGUUCCAGCUGGUGGUGGUGGACCCUGAGGGCGGGGCCUAUACCUCGGAGAGGGACGCCCAGCAAAUCAGCUCCGAAUUCCAACCCGGUCAGGGCUACACCGCCGCCCCGCCCCAGGCACCCGCCAUCGGGGUCCCCACGGCGGGGUACCAGAGCCCCUAUCUGCUAAUCGAGGGCUCCCCCUGCCCCCCACUUCUCCCCCCUGUCUCAGACUAUACUGUGGUUCAGGAUGUUGACGCCCAGCACAGCCUCCUCCUCAACCCCACCCCUCCCGAACCCCAGAUACCCCACCCCCCGACCCCUGCCAAACCUCUGCCACCCAUGCCAGUGGGGUACCUGACCCCUGACCUGCUGGGCAACAUCACCCCUUAAUCACACCUGACCAGCCGCCCCGCCCCGCCCCAUCAACCUUCUCCUUCGGGAACCCCAAGGAUGGAGGGUCAAAGGGGGAUUUACCAACGCAACACACAGACACGCUCUACCAUUCACUGCUGGAAGCCAAAACUAUACACAGACUGUAUGAAUGUGAGGCCGCAGUCCAGCAGCAGACAGCCAGAGGGCGCCAGAGAGUCUGGCAUUAGAGUGGCAGUGAGGUCACCUCAAAGGACAAAGAAGGCUGUGUGGAACUUAGCCUCUGAGCGAGGAGGCCUGCAGACAGCUUUUUCACCUGCUACUCUACGUUUAAUCCUUUUACACACACACACACACACAAGCACACACACGCACGCUGGCUUAUGCUGACUGACAUACACGUGCGCACACAUGCACGCAUAUAUACGCACACACACAAGCGCGCACACACACACAAAGGGAGAUGACUCAUGCACAAUGUGGGGUGUAAUUAAUGCACCCUGGUGCGGGGGGCUACGACACAAGUGUUACUUAAUGUUCAUACUCGCAUAUAUUUACUGAGUUCUCAUAUCCCGACUGCAUAAAAGCUGUUUACAAACCCUAGUGGACAUUAUCUCUCAGCAAGGACAUGGUUUCAAAUUUUUUAUUUUUAUUUUUGUUUUGUUUUUUUUGUUUUUAAAUGUGCGUAGAAAGUUGAACUGUGAUUCAGUGUUCCGUGUUAAAACCCUUGCUGUUUCUGGGCUGAAACACCCCUUCCCAAUAUCAGCACUGUGAGAGACUGGUGUUUGCUGACAAGUGACGUUUGGUUCUAGAAUCCUCCUGACAAACGGACGAUCGCAUCCGAUUGGUUCCGACGUGUCACGUGUGAGGUGAGAAGAGGAAAAAGGAAAAAAAAAAAAACGUCCGGAUUUCAAAACGUUUGAGUGAAGCCUCGUCCGGUAGUCUCCCUGUUUUCCCGCCAAGAUUUUGAAAUGUCCCCGGUUUGUUUUUGGGGCCUACAGGAAUCCCGCCCAGACAGAACUGGUGAAGAGUGAAGAGCUUUAACCUGCUUUAACUGAAGGAUCCUCUCUGUGAUUUCCUGCAGUGAGAGCUUGUGUUUAACCCUGGACUAGUUCAGUCAGAGCGAACGCAAACAUUUAACGCUAUACCAUUUUUCAUACGCAAGACAAACUCCUCUACGUGGAAACUGUUGGCACCGUUAGAAGCCAAGGAAAGGGGUGUACAAUCUGACGAAUGAACAUACAGCCGGUUGUUGUGCCAACGUUGCUUUUCUAAAAUACUGUUGUUGUUGCCGUCUUAUGUGCUUAAUUGCCAUGUUUAUCAGGAUUAUGUUAAUACAUAAACCUGGUAGCAGUGUAUCAGCUGUUUGUUUUCAAGCGCAAGUGGUCUGUCUUUCACCGUAAUUAAUUGAAUGCAAUCCAAUCCAAUGUGCACUAUAUCUUUGCGUGGGUGUCUUGAAUAGCAUCAAAAAAAAAUCAAUCGGUGAAAAGUAUAAUGUGUCUGUCCAGCAGACCGUCUUGGAUGCCUUUUAGUUUCUGUCAUUUAGUACUAAUCAGUUUUGUUGUUGAGAAACUGCCUAUCUGUGCCUAUCUGUCGGACAGCAUACUGUACGCAUUACGUGCCAUAAUCUGCUCCACUCCUGGGAUGUAACACAAUUUCUCAUUUACGGAUGUGGGCAGUUGACAUGCCCCGCCAAGUGACCUCGCAAAACGUGUGCCGUUACUACAAUGCUGAGAACCUUUGUGUGUGUGUGUGUGUGUGUGUGUGUGUGGCGGCCAUAGAUUUCUGAAGCUUCAAGGUUUCUGCAUUUAGUUUUUGCUUUUGGCUUAAGUUCGUGAUUCUGCUUUCAGCAAAACAUUUGCAAUGAUGCCAGCAGGCAUGCGAGCGGGAGAAUGCGGGAUUCUGUUCUCGUGUCCCCAAGAGCUUCGACCUUUGACCUUUUUCCUCCUCUUGGUACGAAUGCACGGAGCACACACAGACACAGACCACAAUAGCUGGAGGAGGAAGACAUUUUGUUUUUUCCACAAAUAAACUGUGAAGCGGUCUGAUUAAAUCCAAACAAGUGAUUGAAUGUAUUGGCUGCUUCUUCGCAUACGGAUUUGAAAAUGCGCCGAGGUGAGGUGCAGUUUUCUUUUUUUUUGUUGUUGUUAUUUUCAGUAUUCAUAAACUCUCACGACCUCUCGACACUGGAAGGGGCUUUUUCCUGUUCCGAGGCCUUUUUUCAGAACCUCGCCGACAGUGUUACCGCUCGUUUGAGUCUCUCGAAGGUAGCGCGUAAGGUUUACUGACCGCACAUUUGCAGUCACCCUCCACACGUUCCCCUCCUCACCAUUUCCGCGGGCGGGAGGCCUCUCCGCGCGCUCGUCCCGCUAGUUUCUCGUCGGAUCGCUGCCGCCGAACGGCGCAUGGGGGCGGGGCGGCGGGCGCGUCUCAUUUCGACGGCUGCCGUUCCGAGGCCAGAGCGCCUUCUCUGCCUUCGGGUUUGUGGCCUCGUCGUCCGCGCCUGGCUCGCGGAAAUGCUAAACUCGGCCUUUGGCCUCGGCGUGCGUCUUUCUCGUUCGCGCGCGGUGUGUUGUCUGCAAAAACUGCAUCCUUCGACGGGUGGUGAAUUUCAGACAUCUACAAGUGUUGGCUUUGAUCUUAUCUCAGUCAUCUUAAGUUUGGGUCUUUUUAUAAAAGGGGGCGGGGGGGGGAGGGUCUAAAGGGUCAGUUAAGGACUUGCAUAUGGCCUUUUGAUGUUCACAUUCUCAGAUUGUUUUUUUUCAAUUAUCUUUUUUUUUUUUUUGUUAUCCCCAUGCAUUGUCUGCACAUUUGCACAAGCUCUUGGGGUAGCACUAGAAGUUAGUGGCCUGGGACUUCUGAACUUCUGAGACUGAAAGACUUUUACAGCCAAUUACAGCACAGUUUGCCUUAAACCUGUCGAGGAAGAGAAAAAGACAAAGAUGACGAAUGCUUGGUUUCUCAAAAAAAAAAAGACAUUUUAUUGUCGUUGUUGCUGCCAAGCAUCUUUGGUUUGAGUUGUUUUCAUACAGCAGCACCUGACUUCGUACACAAGCCUGUUAUAUAAGCUAUUGUUGGUAAUAUGGAUUUCAAAGUAAUUCUGAUUUUAUUUUUUGGUUUGUUUUUGUUCUACAUGGUUCAUCCAGGUUUAUGUAGCCAAUGAUAUCCACACACCGUAUGUGUACAAGCUUGCUCUGCAUCAAGCUUGGCCAAGAAGCAGACUAUGCUCCCUUCUCCUGUUCAUCUUUUGUCUUUCUUGUUCUUGUUUUCUUUUUCGGAAAAAAAAACUGCCUUAAAAAUGAAUAUAGAAUCUCUGCUGCUUUUGAAAAAACCAGCAUGUCAAUGUCAAAAAUUAAAAUGUCUUAAUAUAACAUGUCAGUGAUGUAAGGUUAUAUAAGCAUUUGUCAUGUGGCCCCAGAAACUAUACAAUUUUUUUUUUUUUUUUUUUGCUGCUUUUAAUUUUUUUUUAUUUUACUCAGUUUUUUUAUUUUUGUUUUUCUUGUUUUCAGAACAUUUAAAAAUGCAUAUAUUAUCUAUGUGUAUGAAGAAAAACAAAUGGAUCUUCAUUAUAGAAAAGCAAAUUUUUAUUUUAAUAUGCUAGAAAGAGUCCUUAAUCCUGUUAAUUGUUUAUUGUUAAGUGUAUUCUUGCUAGAAUGUAAAUGUAGCAUGUUGGAAACUUUAUAUAAAAACGAACCGCAAAGAGA